GUCGAAAAGAGAUCAUUUCAGCCUGGAGGUCGUCGGCAUCUCGCAUCCACGGCCCGGACGAACUCCGGUUUUGGCGUCCGCCAUGGCGUUCCAUGGGACGCCGGUGGAGGUGCGGAAGCAUCAGAAGUCCACCACCUGGUACAGUGGUGAGCUCAUAGACAUCAAUGGGGAAGACAGCAUCAAGGUUCGUUUCGAGGACGACAUUUGGGAACCUCGCGAGGUACCGCCCUCCUCGGUACGGCGUGUCCCUGAGGGCGCCACUGAUGACUUCGACCCACAGAUCGAUGAGGUGGUGGAGGUCCUUCUACCUGCCACGGAGUCGACCCCCAGUGGUUGGGGACUAGGCACGGUGAAGACCAUCAAGAACUCCUUCUACUUCAUCACCUUUGAUCCAACACAGAAGGGGAAGCAGGACCUCAUUGUCGAGCGGAGCGCCUUGAGGCGGAGCAGCCAAGAGGAGCAGCUGGACGUCUCCACGAUGUUGCGGAAGUUGUUACCUGUGGAGGCAGACCUGCAUUCCUGGAUCAAAUCCCAGGAUUCCUCCGGCUGCUUGAGCCAUGUCCAACACAAAUGCAACUUGUUGGUCGCGAACUGCACCAACGUUGAGAGCGGGAGCCAGAAGGAUCCCGAGGUCUUGCUCAUUGGUGGCCACAAAGAAGUGCGAUUGGCCACCAUGCUGUUGGAGCUAAUCCAUUUCAAGCAUCAGAUCGAGAUGCAGAGGUUCCAUGAGCACCGGGAUCAUCUCAUGGAGCGCUUAGCCGAGGCCAAGCAAUGGCAUUCGGCGCAGAACCAGGAGGUCUUCGAGGUCGACCAAUCCCUGGUGGGUCGAAUCAUCGGCAAGAAGG